UGUUACUGUUGUAGGGCUGAAACAUUUGGGCCCGAAAAAUUCGGAAAUUUGAAAAUCCGACCACUCGCCCCGUCACUCUCUCUCGCUAGACACUUUCCUUCCCCUCGCGGCGCACACCCCCCAGGCCCCAACCAGUCGUCGGUGCCGGCGGGGCUACAAUCGACGACGCAGACGCUCCCUCGUGUCUUUCCCUCUCUCCUCUCUCGAUAUCCCUUUCUCUUUUCUCUGUCAGACUGUCUAGAGUCCCUCUCCGCUCUCCGGAUCUCCCUCCCCUGCUUCUGCUCCACACCGGAACCCCGGACGGCGUCGGCCAUCGUUCACGUUCACCUUCAGGUACUAAUGGUAUAUUAGGGUUCCACAACAUAGUGGAAUACUCCCACUACAUAGUUUAUUGAAUGUACUGAGUACAGCAGGGAAAAUGGUAGAAAAGAAGGCCUCUGUUACAUUCAGUAUUUCUCAACUCAAUAAUUUCUUCUCAUUUACAUCAUAUAAGUGACUAAUCUCAGACGCCUAUCUCUCUGCUGUCCAGUUUUUUUCUCUCAACAGUAUGGUUUUGGGGUUUCUAAGGAGUAGUUGAUCGGAAUAACGGGUCUUUCUUUCCUUUUCACUUUCAUCUAUAUCUGCAGGCUUUUUUAUGUUUUUUUUUUUGAAAGAAGAAAAUUACUAUAUUUUUGCGUCUAUCAUGGGUUAAUUAUAUAGCUAAAGCUUCUUAUAUUGAUAUUUUCAACACAUGACAGCCUUACUGCAAUAUUGAAUUGGACCUAUAUCAUGAGUUUGAGUCUUCGACAUGUAAUUUGCCACAUUUUAAGUCAUGCAUUGUUCUAAAUAAUGAUUUUCGUGUUUUACAAUCUUUAGAAAAUAGUGUUGCGAUGUCAAACUUCAAUCAAAUUACUCUUCAAUCCAUGCAGACGGACGCACAUUCACACACACACACACACACAAUAUGAUGAGAUUGAGGAUGAUCACUACUAUGUGCGUCUCCCUAAACAGUUGUUUUGUAUAAAUUAUUAAUACCUUGAUGAUUUUAGAGAUAAUUUAAUAUGCUAAGUUACAAUUAUUGGGUGAUGAGUGAUUGGACAAUUGACAUGUGUAUGUUGCUGGGCUCUUCUGUAUCUGGUUUAUCUUUUAAAACUGCAUUCCACUACAAUCUCUUUUAAUAUUUAUUUAUUGGGAUGUUAUAUAUUUUGGGAACUAAAAAUCAACUGUGACUAUUUUAAUGUUUUGUGAAUGUAUUUCCUAUCUUCAUAUCCCCUGUUUCUUGUCAGAUAUGAUCGAGCAAAGGAGGUUUUAACUGUGUGGAUUGAACUGUGUCCCCAUUUGAUUGUUGGGAAAUGAAGAUAUUAGAGGCCAAUGCUGGUCCACUUACCAAUUUUGAAGUGAUUAAAUUUCUGAAAUCUAGAGGAGCCUCUAAAGAUCCAUCUAGGGUUCUUGCGGAUGUAUCACCAUCUGAGUAUAAAGUUUAUGAUUAUUUGGUUGAAACUGCUGCUUGCAAUCAGUCUCAAGAAAAUAUCAACGAAUUUUUGGAGAAGUCCAAAAAGUAUGACCUUGCAAAAGCUGAAUUACUCAAUAUAAUCAAUAUAAGGCCCAGUACCCCGGUUGAACUUUACUCGAUGAUAGAGCAAUGUGAUGAUCGUUUAGGGGAUACUGUGGAGGAGCUUGUUGAGGUGGUGGUAGAGGUGUUGCCGCCGCCUCCAACUGAAACAGCAAAUGAAGAGGGAACCAGUGAAGCUAAUCAGGAAACAGUUACCAAGGAAAACAUUGAAGAACAGAAAAUCGAUGAGGAUAAUGAGAAAAUGGCCAAAUAACCAAAGAUGGAGACAAGUUUAGUGUACAUUUGGACUAUGGAGUACUACAGAUCUGUGGCCAACUAACCGAAUGCAAGGCAUAUAAUGAGAUGAGUUGGGCCCAAAGUUGCUUGUAAGAAAUAAUAUACAUGCUUGUCUUGACGACCGAAGAUCUGAUGGCCAGGGAAUUAGUUCCUUUACUUGAUUCUGGCUGCAUUUUUGGUAAUACUAUUUGCACCACCAAAUUAUACAUCACUAAAAGUGUAUUACAAUUUCUAUAUUCAUGUCAUAAUUAGGAUAAUUAAUGUCGCUCAGAUUUGUUUUUUCCCCUUUGGAUAAUAAUUGAUAUCUUUAAACAAAAUUAGAGUGAAUAGUACCUUGCAUGAUAA